AGUAACGCUGUGUUUUCUGUCAGUGGAUCAGCCAUGGUGAAAGGAGACGUGAACAAGCCCAAGGGAAAGACCUCAGCGUACGCGUACUUCGUGCAGACGUCCCGCGACGAGCACAAGCGCAAGAGUCCCGACGUGCCGAUCAACUUCUCCGAGUUCUCCAAGAGAUGCUCCGAGAGAUGGAGGGCGCUGAGCGCGGCCGAGAAGAGCAUGUUUGAAGACCUAGCUAAAGUGGAUAAGGUUCGCUACGACAAGGACUUGAAGACCUACGUGGCGCCCAAAGGCGUGGGGAAGACAGGGAGGAAGAAGGACCCGAACGCCCCCAAGCGCCCGCCGUACGUCCCGCGCAAACACGCCGCAUGCUAACGUGCACGUCUCCGUG